UUCGGGCAGCAGAGCGCCGGGUGGCGGGCGGGAGAGCUGCCAGGCUGACAGACAGGCCGGCCAGAGUGGGGGCUGCUCCGCCGCCGCCGCCGCUGUGAUGCGGAGCCGGUGCUGCGCCGGACGGUGGAAUCAGAGCCCGGGCGCGGAAGCACCAGCUGCAACAUCAGCACCGUUGGAGGCACCUGCACCGGUGCUCGGGCCCCGCGCUGCGCUCUCCUCCCCGCCGCGCCCGGGGCCGCCGCCCCACGCUCUCUAUGGAUGUCAAGGCGGCUCCCAACGGGGUGGCCACCAUCGAGGACCGGAUCUUGCGGAUCACAGGCUACUAUGGCUAUUACCCGGGUUACUCCAGCCAGAAAAGUACCUCCAGAGCAUCGGUUACUCGAUGUAAACCAGGAGCAAACUGCCCCAGUUCACACAGUGGCGUCAGUAGACAGCUGUCCCCUCUCUCUAUCACCGAAGACUCUUCUGCUCCCAUUCUUGAACUUCAGAGCCGAGGAUCAUCUGGAGUUUGUGGACACAGAGUGGAAAGGCAGAACAGAUCAGGAGAUGAUGGAACACAGACUCAUCCUGAGAACAGCAGCCAAGAGAACAGAAUCAAGGCUCGCUGCCUCUCCUGCACAUCCGUGGUUCUGAAGGCUGUCUGGGGACUCCUGAUCAUCUUGUCAGUGUCAUCGUCUUGGGUUGGAACAACACAGAUUGUAAAAAUUACUUACAAGAACUUCUACUGUCCAUUUUUCAUGACGUGGUUUUCAACAAACUGGAACAUUAUGUUUUUCCCAGUCUAUUAUUCUGGUCAUCUGGCCACUGCUCAAGAAAAGCAAUCCCCAAUGAAGAAAUUCAGGGAAUGCAGUCGGAUUUUUGGGGAAGAUGGUCUGACGUUGAAGCUCUUUCUUAAAAGAACUGCUCCCUUUUCUAUUCUAUGGACUUUGACUAACUACCUGUAUUUACUGGCUUUAAAGAAGCUGACAGCCACGGAUGUGUCUGCUCUGUUCUGUUGUAACAAAGCGUUUGUCUUCUUGCUGUCAUGGAUCGUGCUGAAAGACAGGUUCAUGGGAGUGAGGAUAGUUGCUGCAAUAAUGGCAAUUACGGGCAUCGUCAUGAUGGCGUAUGCAGAUAAUUUCCAUGCUGACUCCAUCAUAGGUGUGGCAUUUGCAGUGGGCUCGGCCUCUACAUCUGCAUUAUAUAAGGUUUUGUUUAAGAUGUUUCUCGGAAGUGCCAACUUUGGUGAAGCGGCACACUUUGUCUCCACGUUGGGUUUCUUCAAUUUAAUCUUCAUCUCCUUCACCCCGGUCAUCCUGUAUUUCACCAAGGUGGAGCAGUGGUCCUCCUUUGCAGCUCUGCCAUGGGGCUGUCUCUGCGGGAUGGCAGGGCUGUGGUUGGUCUUCAACAUCCUGGUGAACGUCGGGGUGGUGCUGACGUACCCCAUCCUAAUCUCCAUUGGGACAGUGCUCAGCGUUCCUGGAAAUGCAGCUGUGGAUCUCCUGAAGCAGGAGGUGAUAUUCAAUGUCGUCCGCCUGGCUGCCACCAUCAUCAUCUGCAUUGGGUUUCUGCUCAUGUUACUGCCGGAGGAGUGGGAUGAAAUUACCCUGAGAUUCAUCAACAGCCUGAAAGAAAAGAAGAGUGAGGAGCAUAUGGACGACAUCACAGAUUCCAGUGUACACCUGCGGAGCAGAAGCAGGGCCAACGGGACAGUGUCUAUACCACUAGCUUGAAGGGGGACACGUUUUGAAUGCACGUAUGUGUAUAUUCUGUGAAUAUAACAAAAUUUUCUCCCUGUACACUCACACGACCAUAUUAACUCUGAAUUUGGACAAGUCAUAUGUGAAAUAAUGCCAACAAUAAAAGUUUACAUUUAUAUGCUUAUCAAGGAACUGGUGUAAAUAAUCCUAAUAAAAAACUUUUUAUUAAAACAUACUCAUCCUUG